AUGGCCGAGAACCAUGAACUACGAGAUUUAGAAGAUCAAUCUGCCGAGCAUGACCGUGAACAUCUUCUUAGAGACGACCAUGAGGAAUCUCCUCCUAACGCCGACCAGCGCCCUGCCUCCGCAAUGGCACCGCCAGACAAAACUCCAACACCACGAGUGCAGCCGCCAACCUGGAAGGUAGAAGUCUCAAGUUGGAUCGCCAGUGCCAGCUGCUUCAUUGCCCUUGUCAUAGCCUUGAGGGUUUUUGAUGGUCAUCCCCUGCCGCAGCUGAAAUUCGGUAUCACUCCUAAUGCUAUUGUUCAAAUCUUGUCGACACUGUGCGAGUUUUUCUUGGAGAUAUCUUAUGGCUCUGGUGUUGGGCAGCUAAAGUGGUUAAAUGCGCUGCAAAAGACACCGUUGGCUGAUUUUCACACCAUUGAUGAAGCAAGCAGAGGCGCUUGGGGGAGCGUAGUGCUCAUUGCUAGUCGCAGAGGGGGUUUAGUUGCUGCCCUGGGAGCCUUUAUCACCAUAGUCGCCCUAGGCAUCGGCACCUUCGCUCAACAGGCGCUGAACUACGAUACGAUCUACACAGCCUCUGGUGGGAAUGCACUGAUGCCUAUUGCGCAGUAUAUGAACGGUGUCGGUUCUGCGCCCAUGAAUAAUAAAGGAACCAUACAAGGAGUCGACUCGGUGCUCACUUCAGCCCCCUAUCUAGCCUUCUACAACCCCUCUGGUAUUCAACCAGGGGAAAUGAAUAACCAAGUCGAUUUCGCCAUCACAAACGGAGUUGUCAAUGUGACCACGACGAUUGCUGCGAGCAAUGGGAUAGAGGGAUGGGACUCAGUUGCAUUUCCACAUAAUGGGUCAGUGCUAUUGAGCGCUUUCGCUGUCGCCGCUGCUCCUGGCACAAUUCCCGAGCAACCAGAUCAGACAAAAUUCGACCCUGAUGAGAUGGUAGGGGACAUGUAUGCGGCACCGGUGGCUUUUGAGUGCAUGUUGCAGUUUUGUGUUCGAAACAUGAGCGCCGUCUUCGUGAACGGCACAUUACGCGAGACGGUCACUUCAACAUGGACAAACGAAACACAGGGGACACUUCCUCAGUAUGAACAUUACACAUUUCGUCCACCUCACUCCAACGAGUUCCGUGUUUUAGGUAUUUCGAAGGAUUCGACAGCCGACUGGCUCAACUCUCUACUUGAGGGAAGUGCAUAUUCGGCCGAUGUCGACUCACUCGAGGUUGCCACUUCUUCAGAUCUCAUGCAGAUGGUGCGAAUAGCCAUGAACAGCUCGGAGACGGGGUUUCCUGACUUGAUGGACAACUUGGCCAACAGUCUAUCUCUCAGCCUUCGAAGUGCAUCGUACCAACCAUCACCUACACAUGGUCAAGCAUUUUCUCCAAUUAGUCACGCUGUUGUGACUUGGGAAUGGCUCAUUCUACCCGCAUUCGAGCUGGUGGCCUCUCUGGUGUUUUUGGUGAUUGUUAUGAUGAGAACGAGGAAGGCAGGCCUAGUGCCGUGGACGAACAAUAUACUGGCGGUCUUCUUUCACGGGUUUGAUCAACGACCUAUUAUCGAUGGCGCUGAUGAGAGCGAGACGGCUAUGGAAAAAGAAUCCGACGGAUUGCUUGUACAAUUCCAAGCAAGGGAGGAAGGUGGGAGGAUAAUCACCGUGAAUAGGUAA